AUGCCGACGCUGUGGAAGCGGAUCGUGUUCUCUCUAGGCUCGCUAUUGAGCGUGGGCUCGGCGGCGCUGCUGGUCGUGGCCCUCUCCACGGAGCGCUGGAUCACCGCCACCCUCCUGUGCCAGACAGGAGCUGAUCUGGUCAACGCGUCCCAACCGGAGCUCUCGCAGUUCACCGGGGACGUCUACUACGGACUCUUCCGGGGAGGGAAGACUCGGAGGUGCGGCCUCGGCAGCCGGCGGUCCAACGUCUACGUCUUUCCGAGGCUGAUAAGGACGAUCAACGGCGGCCUUCACAUGACCGUCAUCUUCUUCCUGUUCAUCGCCAUUGGCUUCGCACUGGUGAGCCUGGCGUUCUGUAUCUACAACGCCAGGAAGGUGCCGUACCAGUCCAUUAUGGGUCCUCUAGGGGUGUAUCUGUGGAACUUCAUAGCGGCCCUGUUCUGCUGUCUGGGUUUCGCCUGCUUCGUCUCGGCGGUCCGCUGCCAUCGGCUGACGGAGCGCGUGGCUAACUUCCGCGAGAACGUCUUCAGCUUCGUGGUCCUGGAGGAGAGCCUGGGAUUCUCCUUCUGGCUCUGCGUGGCCAGCGCCGUCUCGCACGGGACCAACAUCCUGGUGGUGGCCUCGAGCCGGAUCCACCUGCCGAAGAUACAGACCAAGAAGCCGGACGUACCUACGGUGACGGGGGAGGAUCUACUCUACUGA